AUGGAUAUAUUCUACGAUAUCGCCGUAUAUAACGGCCAAGGAAUAACUACCCGCCGCGUCUCGCUAGAGGAAGUAAGAUGCUUCCUCCUGGGUGCACCUGACGAUUUUGAACUCGCUGGGAUAGCCAUCAACGCUUUAUAUCAUAUUACCCAUGAACCCAUAAGCGACAUGACGGUGAUAGAACUCGGUAAUUUCUUCACCGUGUUGUGUGACAGGCACGAUUGGCCAAUACAACCUAAUCCAGGACUAACGCUCACUUAUAAUCGAUACGUUCAGGUUAUGGCGGUUGUGCAAUUACCAAUCAUUCCUGACAAUGUCCCUCUCUCAAAAGCCAACCAGUAUACCUACUUCCGCGACUGCAGACACCGAAAAAGACUUAAAGACCGCUGGGAAGCGGUCAAGGCUGAGUAUCUAGCUCAAAAUCCCCAUAUGACAAAUCCUGGGGCCCAGCCCCGACGCAUAUAUGAAGUCCGCCGGAAAAUGGCUCAUGACCUUGGAUGGGUCCACGAAGACAGAUUUCACCUCUUCGAGGCCCCGCCUCGCCCCUUGGAAGAGUUUUACCCAGUGUUUCCCCGACCCCUAUGGGAUAUGCCAUUUAUGGGUAAUCCUGGAAUGGAAUUGCCUAUGUUGCCACGCUUCAACGGACGAAGGGCUCUUCCAGCGUCAUCGGUACCGCGGGCAGCAGCGUCACUGUCGGAGCUGCGCAGCCUGGACCAGCCAAUAGUGAGGCCUUUGCAGAACGGCGCAGACCAAUUUGAUUCGGCGACUGCUAGCUCAGGUACUGAACCGCGGACGAAUGCGGAUUUGGAUAGUAAUGCUGCGACUGCAGGAUCGGAAUAGAGUGGAAUGUAAGCAUGAUUUGGAGUUGGUAUGAUUGUCGAGGUUUGAAAUUAAAUUGCUUUGAAGGGUUAGGUUUGUAUACUUGCAAGGGAUUGAAGCUGUGUUGUUUUGAAAAAUGUCAGCGGGGUUCAAAGGUGUUGUUUUCAAAGUUUCACUCGUUAUGCCUUUAUAUUUUUU